AUGUCCUACGAAAGCUAUACUGUUGCCGUGAUAUGCGCCAUGAGCUUCGAAAUGAGUGCCGUUCGUUACAUGCUGGACCGGGAACACCCUCGCCUACAGAGAAAAGAAGGAGACUUCAACACUUAUGUUUUGGGCGAGUUGUACGGAAACAACGUUGUGCUUGCAUGUCUCCCUGGGAAUCAAGGAAAGGGGUCUGCAGCAACUGUCGCUACCAACUUGGCGCGGACAUUUCCCGCUAUAGCAUUGAGAUUUCUCGUUGGAAUAGGUGGAGGAGUACCGAGUGAUAAGCAUGAUGUUCGCCUAGGCGAUGUGGUUGUGAGCAUGCCCAGCGGAGAAUAUGGUGGCGUGGUGCAGUACGACCUAGGGAAGAAGACAGAUUAUGGCUUCGAUCUUAAGGGAUUUCUGCAGCCUCCUCCGCCGUUGCUACGAAGUGCGGUUGAGACCAUGCGCUCUGAUCAUCUUGUUAGUGACAACAGAAUCGAGGAGUUUGUCUCUCAGAUGCUGCAGAAAGGGCCGCGUCUUUCCGUCUAUCAAGCUCCUGCCAUCAAGACCGACAUCUUGUUCACGAAAGGGUAUUCUCACGAUUUUAACCAGUCCACUUGUGACCGAUGCGAUCGUGAGAGAGUUGUUGCUAGAAGUGAUCGCCAGUUCCCCGGACCUGAGAUACACUACGGACGAAUUGCCUCUGGAGACACAGUCAUGCGGAGUAGCAGCAGUAUUGGUGCGAGUUAUUUGGAGGAUGUGCUCUGCUUCGAGAUGGAGGCAGCGGGAUUGAUGACGGAGUAUUCUUGUCUUGUCAUCCGUGGCAUCUCCGAUUAUGCGGAUUCUCACAAGAAUGAUUCGUGGCAAUAUUACGCGGCUGCGACAGCGGCUGCUUGCACAAAGGAGCUUCUUUCAUAUCUACAGCCCAAUGAGAACGUGUCAGAAGCGGGAGCUUCAUCUCUUCCGCUCUUGACGGGAGACGAUGGGACGGCACUAAAUAACAUUUCUCGUUUUUCUGGAACAGGUAUUCAGCACUCGGGAGCGGGAACUUUGUCAGUUGGAGGCGACGUGAAUAUUGGCUGA